UCACAGCGCGCGCAUGCGCAUAGUAUUGGUAGUAUAUUGGGGUUUACUAGUGAAUGGAGUGAAUUAACGCUGCGCAGGGAUUGUUUUGGCUCUAUAAUUCACCUACAAGAUUAACAUUAAAAUCAUGAGCAAUAUCGGUUUCAAUUCUGGUGGUGGACCAUCACUAAGGAAAGGUAUUGGUGGCGGGGAAAGCGCUGAAGGACUCGAUAAAAUCGACAUGUCCUUAGAUGAUAUAAUACGUUUGAACAGAAGAGAGCAGCAGACGCAUAGGUCUGCCUCGGAAAAUCGCAAGACACGCGUGAGUGGCCGUUUCCCACAGGGAAGGAGGGUUGGAUCGUGGGCUAGUGGCUCUUCUCAAAGAGGUGGAGGCGUAGUGAGGCUGGGUGCCCGUGGCCGAAGGGUGCCCCCUGUAGUGGGGCGUCGACGGGGUCAAGGGGUCAUCACAGGCCUGGCAGCCCGUCGGUCGGCCGCACUCUGGAAGGGAGUCAGCCCACUGAACCGGCCCGCUGUAACUCAGAAACCACGACCGCUCCUGCAGAGGAGGCCAGGGCAGCCCAGACAGACAGACAUACAGAGACGGCAGUACAGACAAGUGGGAGCACAGAGGGGCCAGAACACAUCCACAUACAGACCUGUCCAGCUGCACACGAGGAAUGUGCCUCCCAUUCAGCAGAUCCAGAAGGAAGCUCGCCAAGCAACUUUUCUCUUCCGUAGGGGCCUCAAGGUCCAGGCCCAGGUGAACAGCCCUGCGCCAUCCCCAGCAGCAGCACAGAGGACACAGCCGUGGCGCACUUCGACAACGAGCAGCGGAAUCUUGACCGUUUCCAUCGACAAUCCAACCGCGAGAACGCAGCCAGAGCCCCCCCGAGCCUGGACUCUGCACCCCCCUGUUACUCCCCCACAGAUAGUGAAGCAGGAAGAAGAGGAGAGAAAACCGCCCAAAGGGGUGCCUCUGCAGUUCGAUAUCAACAGCGUGGGCAAGCAGACCGGCAUGACCCUGAAUGACCGAUUCCGCAUCUUGAAAGACCAGCGCGUGGCGACCGCACAGAGCAGCAAGGCCGGCCGGUUCGUCACCGUGGGCUGACCGCAGCGCGGGUCGACCGCAUCCCGACCAUGAACCCGUGCGUACCGCAGAGGAGCGGGGGGGGAGCCAAAAUAAGCCGGGAACCCAGCACAGCCUUUUCGACGCAAGACCUGUCAAAUUUUCUUGGGGGACAAUAGGAAUCCUUUGAGCCCAGAGACUGCCCUACAGGAUUUAGGGGAGCACUAAUCUUCGAAGGAGGUCACCUGUCUUUUUACUUUUAAUGUUUUUCUUAUUUUUACUGUUAAUAAUGACCAGAGUUGAUUCUGCAUUCAUGUUUUGUGUUCAGGAAUGCCUUUUUCAGGGCAAAUUUGACUUGUUCUUGAUGAGGUUGAUAUAUCAAGCCAGAGCCAAGUAUUCCAUAGGCAGGGAUGGUUUAAGUUAUUUAGGGGUUUGUUUUGGGUUUUUUUAAUAGAAAUUAGUUUUUAUAUAAAAAAAAGUUGUUUGUUUUAUAAAAAUGUUUCAAAUAAACAUUAAUGUGGCACAUUGUAA